AUGACCAAUAUCGGCGUUGCCGACGAGGAGGUUCCAUUCGAGUACGACUCGAGAGCACCGCAUCUAUCCUAUCUUCAAGGGCAAGCCUGGCCACUGACGAUGGCCCAGCAGCAGAAUACCUCGCAAGGACUGGACAUCAGGAGGGAGAUGGAGCAAUUACAAGCAACCCACCAGAAUGGUUAUCACCAGACCUCGAUGCCCGAGCAACAACUUCUGAAUGAUUGGGGCUAUCAGCAGCCUCCACCUCAAUACUCUUACCCUCAACACUCUCAGUCUGGCAUCCCCUUUGGGGGGGUCUAUGGUGUCCCUAUGCAGUCGUCACCAAUCGAGAUCAUGCCGGUCUCUCAAGCAAGCAUGGACACUGGUCUUGCUCUCGAUACUCAGUACAUGCCAGCACCUCCAGCACCUCAGUCAAUGGAGACAAUGGCCUUCCAUUGGCACGAGUUUCAAGAUGGCCUGCCCAGCUAUGCCGCACCGGAGGACACCCUGAACAUGCAAUCAUAUCAGCAGGCUCAUUCCUCAUCCCCAAGCGAAACGCAUCUUGAGGUCCGAUCUCUCACCAGCCUGAGUGAUAGCGAUGGCUGGAAUACCAUCGAAGCUCGCCAAACAUAUGAGCGCAAUGGCUGCGUGGACCCCAACGAGACUCUUCACAACCGAACAUCUUCGGAGUCAUCAUGGUCCUCAGACUUUGAGCAGCAACCUCGCACCUCAAUCCUCGGUAGCUUUGAACUUGUACCCCACGCCAUUCAUUCACCCAGCUCGGACUCGAAUCCAGACUUUGACCACCGAUAUCCACAAGCUCAACAGGUCUCUCCAGAGGGUCUGUCCCAGUCAUCGCUACACAUCAGCCCUGUUGGUUUAGUACGUCCAAUUCCAGUCCCAUUCACGAAGUCCAUAUCCAAGCCUACUUCCCCAGUACGAUCACCAGGAUCACAAGGCUCAUUGUCGCCAACCAGUAGACGACCCGCUCGAAAGAGUCCCAUUGCAAAAGCCACGGACAAAGUGAUCAAAAAGACACCACAAGUGUCCAAGCCAGACACCGAGAAGCGUGUUGGAAAGAGAAAGGGUCCUCUGCGGCCUGAGCAGCGUAAGCAGGCCAGUGAGAUCCGAAAGUUGAGAGCGUGUUUACGGUGCAAAUUUCUGAAGAAAACAUGCGACAAAGGUGAGCCAUGUGCAGGAUGUAAACCUUCGCAUGCUCGAUUGUGGCAAGUGCCUUGCACCCGCAUUGACAUCAAGGAGAUUGGUUUUUUCACCAAAGACUACAGAGCAGACUACGCUCGCCAUCUGACCUUCGAAUUAUCUGCUGGUAACAUCAAGGGAUUUUCCGACUCCCACAAGACCUUGUUCAUCAGCCAUGGUUACGGUCAGAUGCUUCCACUUACUGUACGUGAGGUGUUUGUGCGAGAUGAGAAGAUGUUCGACAUCGAUUGGGCAGAGACCAACAAUUAUUCGCUGGAUCCGAAGACGUAUGUGUUUCGGACAGCACCUCUUUAUGCCGACUUGGAUUGCCUCUCCUCGGCUAUGCUGUCCGAUUACUUGGACCGACACCUCGAUGUCCCUGGCAGCUUUUACAACUUUGUCGAGUCGUACUGCGGCGAGACGCCAUUUUUGACGUCAAUGUUGAAGACUGCAUUCAAUUAUUACAGCCGUACUAAAGCACCAGUCAUCCGCAAAGCAUUAAAGUUUCUACUUGCGUACAGUCUCACCCUUCACAUCACCCUCGUUGAAGGAAUUCCAGAGGAGGAACAUUUCCAGGGUCGAGUGGACGACGAGUCAUCACAAUAUUAUGGAAAAAUCGUGGCUCCUAACGCAAUCAAUUUCCAGGUGAAGACAUCCAUGGGCAAUAUGUGGCGGGAUCUACAAAAGGAGGUUCUCGAAGAACUCUCUUCACUGUACUCAAGCGUGUACAGUGGUGACAAGCUGAAGCACUGGCCUACAAUUUUCAUUCUUGCCACGCUCUUGCUUGCGGUUUGGGAGUUCAUGCAAUUUGAUGCCCACCGAGUCCCCAACGAUGCAUUGAUGGAAAAGUUCCUUAACGACAUGGAAACGGUCCCGGUGGGCGUUGUGGUUGGCCUCUUCCAGGCGAUUUCGCAGAAAUUACCUGCCUUUGUUGAAUGGGAUACGCCGAAGCAUCACCACGUUCUUCAAUCAAACGACGCUGCUUGCAAGACAAUGACCGAAGUGCAGGAAAAUGUAACGCGCUAUGAACAAUACCUCAAGAGUCGCGCUGUAAGCGCCAAAUACGACCCUGAAGACUUUGACUCUUUGUCAAACAAAUUCAUCUCCAAACUCGUUAUUCGCGCCAACUAA